GCUGGCGACUGUGUGUGGAUGGCUAUGCGCGUUCGUCUUUCUGUCACUGGAACAUCUCUGUCGAGGUCAGGGUCCCUCACAAUAUCGGUAGUUAUUUGGCGCAUUCACUUUGCAAAGCUCUUCUAGCUUCCGGUUUCUCAGGUGUUUCUAGGUAAUUAGUUCGAGAACUAAUUCAAACAUUCUCUGUUCGUUCGGCUGGGGCAAUUCCAAAUGUACCAUCUGUGAGAGAAAACUACUAAACUCUUGAGGUAUGAUUUCUCAGAUAAAAUGAUGUGCUCGUCCAUUCAUGAUCACUGCAAUAGAUUUGAACUGAAAUGGACUAAAGAGACUUUGAUUUAUCAGUGAAUUAUUUGGCAAAGGUACCAGUAGCGGAGGAGCACAGUAGGUACGUCGAACCGUGGCUGAAGAAUUUUGCUCUGCUGAUUUUACCUGAGAAACCGUGAUGUCACUCGACUUCAUGAAGAUGUCGAUGCUGAGUCUACUUCUGAUCUGCGCGUUGCUGCAGCGUCCGACGUUCUCACACUUAUUGAGUGGCGAGCGACUGCCAUGUCACGAAGGCACCAACAUCACCGACACUCUCCAUAAAGUUUUCGGUCUGCGCUCGAAUUACCCCUGCAUCUCUUGCUCCUGUGUGAACGGAACUGUGAAGUGCGGCUUCCGCUGCCCCAAGAGCGAGGGAUGCUACCGCCUCAUCCCUGACGUGGGUGACCGCUGCUCCUGCAAGUCGUGUCAAGGGUGUCGGCUGGAAGACAACGUGUCGCUGGUACACGGCGGGCUGGUGCGGGAAGGCUGCCGUGUGCAGCAGUGCGACAGCGGCGUCGUCACCGUCACUGAGGAGCAGUGCCAUGUGCCGUGUGCCGCCCCCCUGCCGCCCCCACCGGGGGAAUGCUGCCCUGCCUGCCCAGGCUGUCGACUGGAAGGCCGCGCGUUGCUAGCAGGCGAGACUGCGACGCUGAGCACCGACCCCUGCGUCACGUGUCGCUGCCUUCAUAACAGUCUCGUCUGCACUAAAGUCGCCUGUCCUGUUCUCUCCUGCCCGCCUUCUAAACGAAUGAAGCAGCCUGGCCACUGCUGUCCUGAGUGUGUCGGUCACCGCGACGCUCACGUGAACCCUCCAGGCGGUCACUGCCUGCUAGCCAACCACCUGCAGUACAAUGGUUCUACCAGCACCCACCUGGACCAGUGUGCCUCCUGUACUUGCAUGAACAACAACAUCACGUGUACCAGACGUACUUGCCCUCCACUCACGUGCCCUGUGCUGUACCAGGUUGCGGGUGAGAGCGGCGACUGCUGCCCCGUAUGCAGGCUGCCUGAGGUGUCCCUGCAAUGCGCCUACAAAGGCGUCGUGUACGAGCACGGCAGCGAGUGGCGCCUGAGUGACUGCGCCUCGUGCACGUGCACGCAUGGACAAGUUACGUGCGUCGCUGACCCGUGCCCCAGCACCGUGUGCCCCCUCGGGUACAAGCUGGAGGACGUGAGCGGGUCGUGCUGUCCGCGCUGCGUGGCCCAGCACGGCGCCUGUCUCGCCUUCGGUAUGCCGCACUACAAGACCUUCGAUGGCCUCCACUACGACUUCCAGGGUGACUGCAAGUACACGCUAGCCAAAGACUGCAGCAGGCGAAGCAAGUUCCAGCUGAAAAUAAUCAACCAUCCUCAUAGCACCAACUCCGUCCUGCCUUUCAUGCGAUCUCUCGUGCUCAAGCUGCACCUUGGCACCUACAAGAUCAAGGUGACGAUGAUGGUCUCGCGCAAGACGAAGGUGAACGGCAGUCGUGUACAGCUGCCCUACAGGCACAGGCAAGACGUGCUAGUCAUCGACCAGGUCGGCCACGGCAUUCAGCUCAACACUACCAUGGGCUUACAGCUGCUGUGGGACGGGGAGAGCUACAUCGAGUUGGUGUUGGACUCCAAAUGGCAGAACAAAACCUGCGGAUUGUGCGGCAACUUCAACGGCGACAUGCACGACGACCUGACGCGCUCCAGCAGCUCCAGGGAGGCAGAGUUCAGGCGCGUCUCAGGCUCCAGUGAGGCGGAGGCUGAUGACCUCAGCCUCACUGAGGCGGCGAGGAGCUGGGCCCGCGGCCGCUGCUCGAGGCGACAACGAGACCAUCUGAGAGAGAGUCCCCGAAGUAGAGAACAACGACUGGCCUUUUGCUCGAGCCCUAGCGAGGCUUCGGUUCAGCGAUGCGAUGUUCUCAACUCGUCCGCUUUGCUGGCGUGCCACGAAGUCUUGCCCACUCAAUCCUUUAUUAAGGCGUGUGUGGACGACAUGUGUCGGUGUUCAGGAGAGCGUCAGUGCCAGUGCGGUGCCAUCAUGGCGUACGCAAGGGAGUGCCACAGGCUCGGGGUCAGCAUUCCAUCAUGGAGGAAUGUCACCAAAUGUGGUGGUCUUGAGUGCCCCCGAGGUGCGGAGUACAUGGAGUGCGCGCCAGCAUGUCGCCCGACCUGCCGCAAUCCUCACCCCAACCCCGACUGCCACACCCGCCGCUGCAGCCCUGGCUGCUACUGCCCAUUCCCCACUGUCCUGCACAGAGGCGCCUGUAUCCCCACUUCUCAGUGCCCCGACUCUGAGUCACAGAAUUUUAGGAGAAAAUCCCAGAGAUCGCGACGCCUUCCUUCCACUCGCUUAUUGUUGCCGCGCUCGCGGGGCCCGAGCUCUAAGAGAGGCCGAGUGAUCGGCAAGCAAGAUAUCUUCCAGGAACAUCGUCUCCUGAGCAGCUCUGUACCAUGACCGACUCUGUCUCGAGGGCCCUGCUGGGCCGGCCUCUUUGUAGUCAUCUCUUAUUUUCUGGAGACUUGCUGGCGUAACCCCUAACCGACUCCCAUAUCUCGAGUCGGGUUAGCUUAUUCUAUUUAUUGAUCUCAUGUGAGCGUAUUGUGUGUUUUAUUUUUUAAGUGGUAAUUUUUAUGUUUAUUGUACGUAUUCUCAUUUAUGUUCCUAUUAAGUGCAUUGUAAAUGCUUUGCUUAAGGAAGCAGAGUAAGAUUUGUUGUUACAUGAAGCGCUGGACGUGGCUUGACAAGCAUUAUGGUCCGUCUUAAGUUCCUUCUUUAGUUACCGCGCGAAUUAACACGCAUCUUUACUCGUGGUCAAUGCAUGACGGCGCACUUUUUUGCUCUUUGCGCGAGACAACUGAAGAAAGACGUAAAGAUUUAUGGAUGCAGGCAGUACUUUCAGUGAGAAAUGCUCCUGCAGUUUGGUGACUUAAUAUACCAUCUCUGAUUUUAGCUUACUUUUAAAUAGUUGGUCGUUCUUAUUCAUUCACUUGCCACGAUUUUGGUGUUAUUAAUUGUAUGUGGAAACUUUUAACAUUUUUAGAGUCUGUUCGAUUCGUGAUUCAUUGGUUUCAAGAAACUAGUACGAUACGGGAACAAACUGGUUGAUCAUUUCAAUAUUUUGUUGGAAGAAGCACUGAAAUCGUAGCAACACGAUUGAACGUGGACAUAGGAGAAAGUUUUCUUAUUGGUGCCAUUGAAUCUGAUUCUACCUUUUCCUGUUUUUUUAAUUGUUCAUCUAAGUUUUAAGUCUAUAUGAUAUGCUAAUAUCAUUAACAGCUGGAUUGUUGAGACCUCUCCAGCAUGCCGAGAUAUCGUUAGAUAUGAGAGGGCUGGACACGAUCCUUGCUUAUGAUUACAGAUCGAAUUGGAGGGGGACAAUCUUGACGCUAUUUCAUAUGCUGCCACAUAUUUAUGGCUCGUUUAUUAGCAGUUAAACCUUUAAUUAAUUUUUUCACGUAAUUUGAAUAAUAACUUAAUAACUAAUU